GUAAUGUGAAAUUUUAUAGACACGUAAGUUAUAAAAGAAAUAAAUGUUAUCGCUGGUCCGACGACAAAGCGAUAAGGAAGUCGCGCAGGUGUUUCAGAUAUUCUGAUAAAAAUUAAACGAGGAUUGGUUAUCGUAAAGUUAUCGUUCUCGGCAAUUAGUAAUGUUGUUUUACACAUUCUAAAGUUUAACUUAAAAUCAUGAAAUAGUGAUAGAGAACGUGUACAUGUUGAGAGAAAAGUAAAGACUUUGUAAGAAAAUUACUGACAUCGAUAAACGGUCCAUCGAAGUGGUCACCUGCGAGAUAAGGAGUCUCGCUUAAGUAUAAAACUUUGACCUGAUAUCGAGAACAUGAAACGUCUCGUUCGGACGAUCGAUCGGAACGCCAGUCAAAGCGGGAAUAGCUUUCGAUCGUUUCUAGGAAAUGCGUCAAGAAUGAAGACAAAGCGAACGACGUAAUCUUUUUCUUUUUUUUUUUUUUUAGUUAAUUUCUUUCUACUUUUUUUCGUUUAACAUAAUUUUGAUCAAUAUCUAAGUUUUCUAGUUAUUGAUUUUAUUUUAUUCUCGCAAGAGACGACAGGAGUAUUUUUUGUUUUUAUCCGUGUUAAUUAUGAAGACUCUAAAUCUAGUUUUUUUCUUAAUCGUGUUAUACAAUGUGUGUGUACCAAUUUAUGGAAAAAAUACUUGCGUUUGGUAUGGUGAAUGUGGAAAAAGUAAUACUAAGAUCCGAACGUGCGUGUCAAACGAUCCUGCUCGACCAAUCGGCAAUGAAACUGCUACGGAUAUCUUACGAAGAAGAUGUCCACAUUUUUUCGAGAAUACCGACGAUCCGUUAACUUGCUGCAGUGCCGAGCAAAUUUUUACCAUCCAUUCGAAUAUGAAUAUGGCCGAAGGUGUCUUUGGCAGAUGUACCACGUGUUUAAAAAAUAUAUUUCGACACAUAUGCGAUUACUCCUGCAGUAUGAAUCAGAGCCGAUUUAUGAAAGUCACCAAGUCCAAAAUAAAUGAAAACGGUUUUCAUUACAUCGAAGAACUCGAGAUACACGUGGCCGAAGAAUUUAUAAAUAAAACGUUUGAAUCGUGUAAAAACGUAAUUAAUCCGUCCAGUGGUGGUUUGGCGAUGGAUUUGGCCUGUGGUUCUCACGGUGCGAGCAGAUGUACAGCAAGAAAAUGGUACGACUUUAUGAACAGCGUAUCUGAUAACAAUUUCGUACCCUUUCAAAUUAAUAAUAUCUAUGAUCGUCCCGAUAUUUGGCACGAUGAUCCUUGGACCGCAGUCGUCAAACCGUGUAGCGAGCCUUACGAUAAUUCCUCGCUUAGCUGCAGUUGCGUCGAUUGUCCUACAGCUUGUCCCGUAACGAAACUAAAGAUCGAUUCCGAUAAUUUUACCAUCUUGGGUAAAAAUGGUUAUGGAAUUGUCGCUGCAAUUGUCAUCGUAUUUGUUACGACGGUGGUUAUUGCCAUUUAUUUAUAUCUAACAAUAUUUAAAAAGAUAUCAAAAAAAUUAGGUUUCAAUGAAAAUCACAAUGAUGAAAAUCAUUCGGAAACAAAAACGGAUUGUAGUAGAAUCUUUCGAGGUAUCUUCGAAGGAUGUUUUUAUUCGUGGGGAAAAGUAUUUGCGACAUAUCCAGUACUCUCGUUGUUCAUUUCGUCUUAUGCGGUUUUGGGAAUGAGUUAUGGCUUUAAAUAUCUCGUUAUAACGGUGAAUCCGAUAGAAAUAUGGGCAUCACCCGAUAGCAGAUCGAGAAUAGAGAAGAAUUAUUUUGAUACACAUUUCCGCCCAUUUUAUAGAACCGAACAAAUUUAUAUAAAGCCUGUUGGUAUCGAUAAGAUCUUACACAAUACGUCGAAUGGUAUUCAAGAAUAUGGACCGGUCUUUAACAAAACGUUUUUAUUAGCGGUUUAUGAUCUUCAAGAAAAAGUUUUACAGCUUGGUCGUGAGACUAACGAGAGCCUGGAACGUUACUGUUAUGCACCCGUUUACAAUGAUUUUCUUGGUCCAAUGUCCGUAUCUUAUUGUACAGUGCAAAGUGUAUGGGGAUAUUUCCAAAACAAUAUAUCAAUAUUUAAUCAAAUUUCACAAGUCAAAGGAUACGAGAUCAAUUAUUUGGAUCAUCUUUACAAGUGCAUGCAAAAUGCAUUUAAUCCGGAAUGCAUGGCUCCGUACAAAGGGCCAAUCUUUCCUGCUUUAGCAGUUGGCGGAUUCUUAAAAGAAAAUGAAUUUCAUUAUGAUUCUUCGGAUUAUAUAAAAGCGAACGGAUUGAUUCUAUCAUUUUUAAUAAAUAAUCAUCUAGAUGAGAAAAGACUCAAGCCCGUUAUCAAAUGGGAAGAAAGGUUUAUCAAUUUUAUGAAGGAAUGGAUAAUACAUGAUAAACCUGAUUUUAUGGAUGUGGCCUACGUAACAGAAAAAUCUAUUCAAGAUGAAUUAGAUAGAACGUCGAAGGCAGAAGUGAAGACAAUGAUAAUUAGUUAUCUACUUAUGUUCCUCUAUAUCUCGUUUGCCUUAGGAAAAAUGAGAGGCUCCAUUAGAAAAUGUUUUGGUUCGAGUAAAAUUGUCGUAAGUAUUGGUGGUAUUAUUAUAGUAAUUGCAUCGGUAGCUUCUUCACUGGGAAUUUUCGGAUACAUAGGUGUACCUACUACUUUGCUUACGAUCGAGGUAAUUAUAUUUUUUAUCAUAUUUUUACUUUUUAUAAAUGGACAAACAAAAUUCUUAACGAAGAAUGUUUUUCAUAUCGAUAAUCGUACGCAGGUAAUUCCAUUCCUAGUACUAGCUGUUGGAGUCGAUAAUAUUUUUAUUUUGGUGCAAACAUAUCAAAGAAAUCGUAAACAUCCGGAAGAAUCGAUACCAGAACAUUUAGGUAGAAUCACAGCCAAGGUUGGACCUUCUAUGUUAUUAACUAGCAUGUCGGAAUUAUUCUGCUUUCUAAUUGGUACAUUGUCAUCUAUGCCAGCAGUUAAUACGUUCGCGAUGUAUGCAUCCUUGUCUAUUCUAAUCAAUUUCAUCCUUCAAAUCACUGCCUUCAUUAGUUUAUUAUCUUUGGAUUCCCGGAGAUCGGAGCAAAUUCGAUUAGACGUGCUCUGCUGCAUAUCGACAAAUAAAAGAUCGCACGUAGAAUCUGAUAACGCUGGAUUAGUUCAUACUCUAUUCGAGCAGGUCUACACAUCGUUUCUCAUGAAAAAACCGGUUAGAAUCGCCGUUUUGGUUAUUUUCAUAGUUAUAUUCACUGUUCACGUCGCUGUAUUUCCUAACAUCGAUGUUGGCUUAGAUCAGAAAUUAUCAAUGCCUGAAGACUCAUAUGUUUUAAAGUACUUCCAGUAUAUGGAGGAUCUGUUAUCUAUGGGACCACCUGUAUAUUUUAUAGUAACGGAAGGCUUAAAUUACAGUAACACCAAUGUUCAAAAUAUAAUUUGCGGUGGUCAACGAUGUAACGUGGAUUCUCUAUACACCCAAAUAUAUUCCGCAGCAAAUCAAUCGUCUAUAUCGUAUUUAUCGAAAGCUGCCUCUUCGUGGAUAGACGAUUAUUUCGAUUGGUCGAGCAUCGAGAAAUGCUGUAAAUAUUUUCCUGGCAACAGUUCCUUCUGUCCUCACAAAAAAGAAACAUGCAAGUCUUGUAAAAUACCGACUAACAAUGAAACUUUUCGACCGAAUGAAACAUACUUUCGAAAAUAUAUCUCCUACUUCGUAUCUGAUAUUCCGGAUGAAGAUUGUGCUAAAGCUGGUAGACCUUCUUAUCUCGACGCGAUCAAUUAUUACUACGAUCGUUAUGGUUUGACCGAUAUCGGUGACACGUACUUUAUGGGUUAUCAUACACCCUUAAAAAAAUCUAGCGAUUGGUAUGAAUCGUUAAGAGCCGCACGAAUAAUAGCUGCUAAUAUUACAAAAAUGAUUAAUAAUGCCAACUUGAGUAAUCAGACGAUUAGAGUAUUUCCAUACAGUAUUUUCUACGUUUUUUACGAACAAUAUUUAACAAUCUGGAAAGAAACAUACCUGUCUAUAAGUUUGUCAUUGUUCGUAAUUUUUAUUGUAACGUUAUUAUUGACUGGAAUAUCAUUGUUUUCUGCAAUUAUCGUCGUUGUUACUGUAUUAAUGAUCAUUAUAGAUCUAGGUGGUCUUAUGUAUUGGUGGAAUAUACAAUUGAAUGCAGUAUCUCUAGUUAAUUUAGUUAUGGCUGCUGGAAUUUCUGUUGAAUUUUGUAGUCAUAUAGUACACUCUUAUUUAAUAUCAACGGAAAGUAAAAGAAUCGCACGUACUUCACAAGCACUUUCGUUAACAGGAAGUUCCGUCUUCUCUGGUAUUACUUUAACAAAGUUUGUGGGUAUCGCAGUAUUGGCAUUUGCGAAAAGCCAAAUAUUUCGAAUUUUCUACUUUAGAAUGUAUUUGGGAAUUGUACUUUUUGGUGCUGCGCACGGGCUAAUCUUUUUACCUGUUUUAUUAAGCUUUAUUGGACCCGAACGUAAACACGAAAGAAGAAACUUUACGAAAUAAUACUAAAAUUAUAUUUUUCUAAUUUCUUUUAACAGUACAAAUGUUUCAUCAUGUCUAUAUAUAUAUAUAUAUAUAUAUAUAUAUAUAUAUAUAUAUAUAUGAUUUGUAGAGAAUUUAAAUUAUGUUUCUAUUUUUAUAUCUAUUGUAUGUUUAAAUAAGGCUCUGCAGAUAUUAAUAUAUUUCAAAUAAUUCGUACUCUGUAUUUAUAUAAAUUAAAAUUUAUAUAAUUCAUUAUUUGUAAAAUAUAUUUUGUAUAAUGUUUCUAUGAUAUAUAAUAUUUGUAAGAACAAAUAAAAAAGAUCUGCGAGAUAGUAUACGUAAAUUUGUAUAUAAAUAGUUUAUAUUCUCUUGUUUAGGUUAUACUCUAUUAUAAUCUAACAAUCGAGUUAAUUUGACAAUAAACUUAUACAAAUAAGUAAAGUAUUUAGUCAGCUAUUGGAUCGAUAAUACUUAUGAUGCAAUAGCAACGACAGUUGAAAGAAAAUCACUGAUGAAUAUCUUGAAUUUUGAGAUAUGUGAAUAUGAUGGCGAACAUAAAUCCAAUAGAAAACGUGCUAUUUAAUCGUAAAUAAGAAUGUAUAAGAAUAAAUACAGAUAAUAGAGAAA